AUGGCAAUGGCCAUGUGUGCGACGCCCUCGACAACUCCCUCCAGUUUGGUCUCGGCGAAUGAAGCAAAAAGUAUCACAUCGGUCGUCGGCGUCUUCGAUUUCGCCGCGCUUAUCCUAGACAGCGAUCUUCGCUAUACCAACAACCGUCUCCAGGUCCACGGUACAGUGGUGAUUACGAAAGUAGUCACGGGUGCAGAGGUCCAAUACUAUGCCACCCUCAACUAUUGCAGCGUCCUCCGGUGGAAGUUUAGCUGCGAAGCGGGCAAGGACCCGGAGACGGGCAUGGAGGAGUGGAUCUUUUACAACUUCCAGCUGCUGGAGUCCGACUUCCCGGGAAAGGACCAGACAGAAUUCCGUACCGAGGUCGAGAUAGCCUGCAUCGACCCGUCCAGAUACCUGGAACCCGAUUCGGGGGCACCCAACUUCCCGGUCUUGCGCUGUGUGAUACGAUACGACGUGCAUCCCAGAAUCACUGCCCGCUUGAAGAAGGCGGAAUGCUACGCCAAAUGGAGGAGAGAUGUCAACACGGUUGCCAAGUUCGAAGGUGCCGAGCGGAAGGAGUUGAUGGAAUUGGUUCGAAGAUGUAACUUUCCCUUUGGGGAAAUGCCCGGUGGUUUGGAGGAGGAGAACGACUCCGAGCCAGAGAUCUUUCAGAUGGAAUUGUGA